AUGCACCCUGGUCGGCGCACGCUGCAAUAUCUGCUCACGCAACAUUAUUGGGUCCUCGGGGUGCAUCGCGCUAUACAGCGCGUACUCUCGAGAUGUCACCAAUGUUUCCGCGUAAAGCCACACACCUCUCAGCCCCUCAUGGCGGAGCUACCGGCCGAUAGGGUCCGACAGGCCAAGCCAUUUUCGAUCAGCGGCGUGGAUUUCGCGGGACCGUUCAACAUAGUCACGCGACGAGCCCGGGGGGUCUCCUCCGUCAAAGUGUACGCGUGCCUUUUCGUAUGCUUUUCGGUUAAGGCGGUGCACCUGGAAGCCGCCUUCUCGUUGUCCACCGACUCCUUCCUCGCUGCGCUGCGACGCUUUGUGGCCCGACGCGGACGCUGCUCGCUUCUCUACAGCGACUGCGGAACGAAUUUUGUAGGGGCCGCACGGGAACUAGAAAGCCGCAUGGGCCUCGCAGCGGAGCGAGAGAAGAUCAAGUGGUCCUUUAAUCCUCCCUCCGCGCCCCACUUCGGGGGCCUCUGGGAGGCGGGAGUCAAGACCUUUAAAACCCACCUGCGGCGGACCGUGGGUGAUCAAGUCCUCUCAAUAGAGGAAUUCACGACGGUCCUCGCGCAGGUCGAGGCCGUCCUGAAUUCCAGACCCCUCUGCCCGAUGAGCGCCGACCCUGCCGACCUCGAAGUCCUAUCGCCGGGUCACUUCCUCACGAUGGAACCGCUCGUCUCCGUUCCCACUCAAGACGUGACCCCGUUACCGAUGAAUCGGCUGAGUCGGUGGCAACUCGUCCAACGAAUUCACCAAGACUUUUGGAGGCGCUGGCAUCAGGAGUAUCUCCAUACCCUGCAACAGCGUCCCAAAUGGUGGACCUCAGUCAACCCGCUCGGUGUCGGUGCGUUAGUCCUCCUCAAGGACGCCAACAUGCCUCCUCUGCGUUGGAGGCGAGGACGAGUGGAGGCGCUGCAUCCGGGCAGCGACGGCGUCCCGCGUGUCGCCACGGUGCGGGUGGCGGACGGCACUAUCACGCGUCCCCUAGUGAAGCUGUGCCCCCUACCGAUGGGCCCUGCUCCACAGGCGACCGAUUCAAAUUGA